AUGGCGGCUGCAAUGACCUUUGCGAAGGCCUUCUCGCGCGAGAAACCCCAUUCGUCUAUCACAGAUUGGGUCGAUAUACUGACGGCGAACACGAUCGAUGACGAGGCGUACGAUGGUAUCCCAGAGUUGGUGGACUCGAUCAACUUGCAGGCGUCGGGACCGGCUGAAGCCUCCCGUGCCCUGCGCAAGAAGAUCAAGCAUGGAGGUCCUCACCAGCAGUACAGAGCCCUCGUGCUCCUCAAGGCACUGGUAGAGAACUGUGGCCAGAAAUUCCAGAGAACGUUCGCUGAUGGACAACUUACUGAUGCGCUGAGGCAUCUUGCGACUGAUCCUAUGACCGACAAGAAGGUCAAGAAGAAGCUGCUCCUCGUCCUCGCAUCAUGGCACGAACAGUUUAAGGGAGACCCCUCCAUGAACAUGGUCGCCAACCUGUACAAGCAGUACAGGCCAACAGAGCGACGGACCGUGGAGUCUGAUCCGGUUUACGGAGUUCAGCUUCAGCGGGCGAGGGAGAAGGAGGAGGCCAAGGCAGCAGCAAGGCGAGAGAAGGAGGAAGCUAAGGAGCGGCGACGCAAGGAAGAAGAAGAGGAGAGGGCUAGGCGGAAGCAGAAGAACAGGCCACGGAGGGCACCUUUCAACUUCGAGCAGGAGAAACCGAAGGUGCUGAAUAGCAUCGUGGAGGCCUCGCAGGCCAGUAGCAACCUCGUCAACGCUAUCACGCUGGUGAAUCCGGAGAAGGAGAGCUUGAAGGAGAAUGCGCGAGUUCAGGAGUGCCUCGAGAAGGCGAAGACGAUCCGCAAACAGAUCGUCCGAUAUAUCCAGCUUGUCGAGAACGAGGAAAUUAUCGGCACCCUUAUCGAGACAAACGAUCGCAUAAUCGGCGCGCUCGAGAUGUAUGACAAGCUGUCCACACCCGACACGCAGACGAGUGAGAGCGCCGCGGACGCCAUCACGGACGGUCUUGCGCGGACCAAGAUAUCCCUUCCCGAGAGCGAAGUUGCAAGACUGCAACAACAGCAACGAGCUGCAGUGGAUCGGGCCAAACGUUCGGGCAAGGAGCCUCAACAGGAGUCCUCGCAUCUCCAUCCUGACCUGGAGGACCUUACCUUCGGGAGCCUGGGCCAGACGUCAAGUAACCUGCCACCACCGAUGAGGCCAACCGCGGCGGCCGACCGCGACUCAGGCGCUUACGACGGGGGCUCGUUAUCCGACUUCAGUGAUUACGAGUCGUCGGACGAGGAGACGCACAACCGCCGGGAGCCGUCUGCGUCGAGGAAAGACUACCUGUCAGCUUCGGACUCUGACGACGACGCGGCAGUCGGCUUCCGCAACGCGAACAACACCGGAACCCUCGUGGACACCGAAGAGGAUCCCUUCGCCGACCCCUUCGCCGACGAGGCGGCCGUAGGCUCGUCGAAGAAGUACUGA